AUGAACCUCACCGCCGAGAGCCACCGCAUCCCGCUGAGCGACGGCAACAGCAUCCCGCUCUUGGGGCUGGGCACCUACGCCGACCCCCAGAAAACUCCCAAAGGCUCCUGUCUGGAGGCGGUGAAGAUUGCCAUCGAUGCCGGCUACCGCCACAUCGACGGUGCCUUUGUCUACUUCAAUGAGCAUGAAGUGGGACAAGCCAUCCGGGAGAAGAUUGCUGAAGGGAAGAUCAAGCGAGAAGACAUCUUUUACUGUGGCAAGCUGUGGAAUACCUGCCACCCCCCAGAGCUGGUGCGUCCCACGCUGGAGAAAACCCUGAAGAUCCUGCAGCUGGACUAUGUUGACCUCUACAUUAUUGAGCUGCCAAUGGCUUUCAAGCCUGGAGAUGCACUCUACCCAAAAGAUGAAAAUGGAAAAUUUAUCUACCAUGAGACAGACUUAUGUGCCACUUGGGAGGCACUGGAGGCAUGUAAAGAUGCAGGCUUGGCAAAGUCUAUUGGAGUAUCCAAUUUCAACCGCAGGCAACUGGAGAUGAUCAUGAACAAGCCAGGACUUAAGUACAAACCUGUCAGCAACCAGGUAGAAUGCCAUCCCUACUUCACCCAACCCAAACUCCUAGAAUUUUGCAGACAACAUGACAUUGUUAUUGUUGGGUACAGCCCAUUAGGAACCUCAAGAGAUGAAUCAUGGGUAAAUGUGUCCUCCCCUCCUUUACUGAAGGAUCCUGUGCUGAAUGCCAUCGGCAAGAAGUACAACAAGACUGCGGCACAGAUUGCUUUGCGUUUCAAUGUCCAGCGAGGGGUGGUGGUGAUCCCAAAAAGCUUCAAUCCACAACGCAUCAGAGAGAAUUUCCAGAUCUUUGACUUCUCCCUCACUGAGAAAGAGAUGAAAGAAAUUGAAGCCCUGAACAAAAAUGUUCGUUAUGUGGAACUGUUAAUGUGGCGUGACCAUCCAGAGUAUCCCUUCAGUGAUGAAUACUGA